AUGAGAUAUACGAACUUUUUUUUUGUCCUGCUGAUUGCCAGCGUGGCAGUUUAUGAAACGUUUGCUGGAGCAAUCGCACAAAAGGUUUGCUCAUUUAACGUAUUUUGUUUUCAUCUCUUUAUGUCUUCUUCCUAAGCAUACUCACUCAUAAAGGGAAAGAAUCGAAAGAAACCAUUUUUGGGUCUUCUUUAUUGUUUCAAGAUAUUAUGGCAACAUACAUUGACACAAUGAACACAUCUUUUUUAAUAUUACGUCUCUGCUCUCUCAACCUGUCGGUAACGAACUCACCAUUUUAAAAUUUGUUUAAUUGAGGUUUUUUUGGAUUGAGAGUUUUUUUAAUUCCUCAAAGUUUCUUAGUGUUUCUCUCUGUCUCUCUGAUAUAUAAAAUAGAACUUUUCAACGAGAGGCGAACAGAUAAUAAUUAAUCUCUGAUUCCAUCUUUAUAAAGUACAUUAUUGACUAAGUAACCGAUAAAUGGUUUGAAUUUCUGAUAAGAGAACAAAAUGAUACAGAUUGCCUGUUGCAAAUUCUUUUUAGGUAAUACAAAAACGACAAAAUGUUUCUCAAUUUUCCUCUGGUAACUGAGAGUUUAAAGAGUGUGAUGUGACCAGAUGUAAUAUGAACUUGAGAUGUCAUGACAACCUGAAAUUAAACAAACAGGUUUUAUUUCAGAACAGCUCUGAUGACUUUAAAAUUGCCUUGCGGAAAAACGUUGAAUUGGAAUGGAAAUCGCUAACUUGAAAAAGCUUUUGCUUCGCUAACGGUAAAGGAACUUAACAAAAGGUUCAUCUCUUUUUUUUGUUGGAAACCAAAAAUUUUAGAAGCUUCCUUUCUCGCACAUGGACUGCCGCAUCUAAAAUAGCCAAACCGAAGAAUUCUAAUAAAAAUCAUAUGGUAGUAGAAGGAAUAAUAUGAAUAAUCCUUUGUUUAAUCAUCAAGCAUUCACCACUGUUCGAUAAAUGAAGAAUCAUUGUGAAGAAUUUAGGGUUUUCAUGAUCAGCAUCAUCAGCAUUUGCGUCAGCAAAUUGAAGGCAGCCUCGUAUAAGUCCAGUUAAAAUUUGCUCGUUCCGCAUUGAUCGAUAACUUCAGGCUUAGGGAAUUACAUCCCAGUUUUGGUAUCUCGAAUUAAAAUUGUACAUCGUUUCUUCUCUAACUUGACCAUUCACCUGAUUCCAAUUCUCGAUCCAAAUGUUUUUUUUUAAUAUUCACAUUUCCCUUGUAUGUGCAAGGAAAAUAUGGGGUGAGUUUAGAAAUGAUUCAAAACUUUCACAAAAGUGAUUGUGAUUCUUUCUUUCGUCUUCAUUUCAGCGCAAAGAAAAGAGAUCGUUCGGUAAGUUUUUAAGCUGAAGCUAGAUCAAGUUUUAUGGAAUGGGUAUUAUGUUAUUUACCAAAUACAAGAGCCAUGAUAUUUUACCAUAAAACAGACAGCUGAUUCCUCUAUUGAAACCAAGUACUUGAUUUCAAAUUCAGAAAAACCUGAUUGUAAAGAAGUGGUUUUACAGCGCAACCCCGUAUGUGAAAAGAAAGGUUGUGACGAAGAUGGUAAACCGCAGAUGUUUAUGUACGAAUGUCCCGAAAUUCCAGUGAUCUGCCCGAAGGAAGAGGUUGAUGAAAUGGCGGAGUGCUGCCCGAAAAAGUGUGGUAAGAAAUUACCGUUAAAGAUAGAAAUGAUAAGUUAGGCUGAUGUGAUUCACCUACUAGAACCAUAGGAACUAACUAAUGUGUCAGGAAAGAUUGGCAAGUCUGCGGAUUCAUAAGCCAGCGUUUCGGCCAAGGAAGAAUCUCUCAUAUUGAACUGUAUUGUAGAUAACGUUAUUAGGAUUAGGGGUAUAUAAGGGAAAAAUGAUCAUCUCCUGCUUGAGAGGCUGGAAGAUUUGGGCUGGGGGGGGGGGGGGGGGGGUGGGUUACAUGGCUUUCAGAGGGAACGGAAGGGGAAUCAGUCGUCACCAAUAGAGUACAGAGGGGGGUAUAGAAACACUGACUGCCAAUUAACUACAAAAUAAGGGGGGGUGUGGUGGGGUCAUAAGAAUGAUACAGAGCCUUAUGGGCGGGGGGUUAUUAGGUUAAUUUAAUUGUGAUAGAACCAAAAUUCUCCAAUCCCCCUCCCUUGGCAAAAAAAAUUGACUUGUCCCUGGAUGUAAGCCACCCAGAGAGUAGGGCGUGAAAAACAAAACCUUUUACUAACUUAAACAACUUGGAAAAUAUCAGUAAUGAUAAUAUUUGAUAAUGAUAAUAUUUACUUUUUUAUAUACGCAGUUUGUAGUCCUGGUGGGGAUUCGAGUAUUUUGUACAAACCUGGAGAGAGUUUCAACGCUGUAAAAGAUGGGAAAAAUCUGGAUUGCGAGUGCGAUCCCAACGCAAUACCAAGAUGUAUAGAGCGAAUUCAAAUCACUCGUAAGUGAAAGUCCAUUAUAUCUAAUAUUUUUCUGUUAGGUUCAACGUCUUCAACUUGAAACGCGAUUUGCUUCUAUUCCCUGAAGACACAAUUAAGUCAAUAUACUGGAUCGUUGUAGGCCAAUCUCUUUUGCACUAGUCUCGUAACCAGACCUUUCACGGCCAAAAGUUUCAGUGACACGGUUAGAUCUGGGCACGAGAUUACUUUUGUACGUGUUGAUUGAGCCUCCUGUCAAUAAGAGUCAAUAAUCAGUUAGAAGAGCUUGUUCUGAGUGAUUAAGUGACGAAAACAAUAUAGUAGUUGCUUACUAAGUGUUUUUUUGUUACUCAUUUUAUGUUUUUAAUUGCAUUUUUCUUCGGUUAGUUCCACCAAAACAGCCUCCCAGGCCUCCUCCAGUCUUUCCUCCCGGAUUUCCCCCAGAAAGGGAUUGGCCAUGGGUUUAG